AGGAAACACGGUGUUUACAAUAAAGAUACACACUGUGUUUCUGGUAAGAGGAGGAGUUCAGUCUGCAUUGUCGUCAGAGCAGACGGAGAACAAGAAAGCAAGAGGCAGGGAUGUGGAGCUCAUACAAAUGGAAGCUAGAUUGGAAAAAGAAGGGAAAGACGAGGACAGAGCAGAGUGUCCAGGAUUCAGCAGUCUAUCUAUGAAGAGUGACUGGUCCAAAAGUGAACCUCCAGACUUCAGUAAUGAACCUGGACCCUCAGACACACAAUGUGUUUUGUGCCAGGACGUCCUGAAGGAUCCAGUCUCUGAACUCUGGUUCCGCAUCACCUCAUACUGGGACCAGUCUGCUUCAUCAGGAGACUCCUCCUGUCCCCAGUGUGGAAAAAGAUCCAGAACAAGAGCUGGACUGCAGACAGCCAGUCAGACCAGCACUGUACAAGCAGGUGGUGGUCUUCAGGAGGUUUUAGAUGAACAUAAGAUCAGUCUGAGGAGUAGAUGUAAACAUGUGACUGAAGGAACUGACGAACCAGGAAGUGGAACCCUCCUCAACAGGAUCUACACUGAGCUCUACAUCACAGAGGGACAGAGUGAAGAGGUUAAUACCCAACAUGAGGUGAGACAGCUUGAGACAGCUUCCAAGAAGAAGAUCCUCCAUGAUGCUCCAAUCAGGUGCCACGAGAUCUUUAAAGCCUUACCUGACCAACAGAGACACAUCAGAGUGGUUCUGACGAACGGCGUCGCUGGCGUUGGAAAAACCUUCUCAGUGCAGAAGUUCACUCUGGACUGGGCAGAGGGCUCGAACAACCAAGAUGUCAGUCUGCUGGUUCUGCUUUCGUUCAGGGAGCUGAACCUGAUCAAAGAUGAGCAGUACAGUCUUCUCAGGCUGCUCCAUGUUUUCCAUCCAACAUUACAGAAGGUCACAGCAGAGCAGCUCGCUGUCUGUAAACUUUUGUUCAUCUUUGACGGCCUGGAUGAAAGCAGACUUUCACUGGAUUUCCACAACAAUGAGGUUGUGUCUGACGUCACACAGAAGUCUUCAAUCAACGUGCUGUUGACAAACCUCAUCAAGGGGAAUCAGCUUCCCUUGGCUCUCGUCUGGAUAACUUCCAGACCUGCAGCAGCCAAUCAGAUCCCUCCUGAAUGUGUUGACAGGGUAACAGAAGUACGAGGCUUCACUGACGCCCAGAAGGAGGAGUACUUCAGGAGGAGAGUCAGUGAUGAAGAUCUGUCCAACAGAAUCAUCUCACACAUCAAGACCUCCAGGAGCCUCCACAUCAUGUGUCUAAUCCCAGUCUUCUGCUGGAUCACUGCUACAGUUCUGGACCACAUGUUGACUACAGACCGGAGAGGAGAGCUGCCCAAGACCCUGACUGACCUGUACUCACACUUCCUGCUGGUUCAGACAAAGAGGAAGAAGCAGAAGUAUGAUAAGAGACAUAAGAAGAGUCCACAGAAGAUGACGAAGGCUGACAGGAAGGUUCUUCUGAAGCUGGGGAGGCUGGCAUUUGAACAGCUGCAGAAAGGAAACAUCAUGUUCUACCAAGAAGACCUGGAGCAGUGUGGUCUUGAUAUCACAGAGGCCUCGGUGUACUCAGGAGUCUGUACAGAGAUCUUCAAAAGAGAGAGUGUGAUCUUCCAGAAAACAGUCUACUGCUUUGUUCAUCUGAGCAUUCAGGAGUUUCUGGCUGCAGUCUACAUGUUCCACUGUCACACCAACCGGAACACAGAGGUACUGGAGGACUUCCUGGGAAAAGAAUAUGUUAAACCAUAUCUGGAUUACACGCUUGGAAAAUAUUUUAAUGGCUUUCUGGAUGACAUGCAAGGAAAAGAUGUUGAUCAAUCUCUGGAUGCCAUUCGAGGAAAACCUGUUAAUCCAUAUCUGGAUGUCUUCCUGAAGGCAGCAAUGACGAAAUCCCUGAGGAGUAAAAAUGGCCACCUGGACCUGUUUGUUCGUUUCCUUCAUGGCCUCUCUCUGGAGUCCAACCAGAGACUCUUAGGAGGCCUGCUGGGUCAGACAGACAGCAGUCCAGAAAACAUCCAGAAAGCCAUCAACAACCUGAAGAAGAUGAACAGUGAUGAUAUCUCUCCUGACAGAAGCAUCAAUAUCUUCCACUGUCUGAUGGAGAUAAACGACCACUCAGUCCAUCAGGAGAUCCAAGAGUUCCUAAAGUCAGAGAACAGAUCAGAGAAGAGACUCUCUGCGUCCCACUGCUCAGCUCUCAGCUACAUGCUGCAGAUGUCAGAGGAGGUUAUGGAUGAGUUGGACCUGCAGAUGUACAACACAACACAGGAGGGACGACGGAGACUGAUUCCAGCUGUGAGGAACUGCAGAAAGACUGUACUUUCUUACUGUGGACUCUCAGACAUUCACUGUGAAGUUGUGGUCUCAGCUCUGAAGUCCAACCCCUCCCAUCUGAGAGAGCUGGACAUGAGUAACAACAACCUGCAGGAUUCAGGAGUUGAGCUGUUGUGUGCUGGGUUGGAGAGUCCACACUGUAGACUGGAGACUCUGAGAUUGAGUGGCUGCAGUUUGUCAGAGAUCAGCUGUGAUUAUCUGGUCUCAGCUCUGAAGUCCAACCCCUCCCAUCUGAGAGAGCUGGACCUGAGGUACAACAAGUUGCAGGAUUCAGGAGUGAAGCUUCUGGGUGGUUUUCUGGAGAGUCCACACUGUAGACUGGAGACUCUGAGAUGGAAGUGAUCUCAGUCAGACUGUGAGUGGCGAGGAAGGAGGUUGUGUUGGAGGAUCAGCUGUGUCCUGAUGAUCCAGAGAGGUUGAAGAAGCAGCAUCAGCUCUGACUGGGCCAUGUUACUGGGAGGUAGAGUGGAGAGGAGAGCUUCAUCCAGCAGUGACUGACAGAGGAAUCACAACCAGUGAAGAUGACUCUCAGUGCUGCAGUCUGAACUGCUCUGAGAUCAGCUCCACUGUGAUCAUGUGACAGAGAAUAUAAUAGUGUAUGUGGGUGGCUGUGCUGCCGCUGUGUCCGUCUACACUACAGUCUCUGCAGACACACUGAGACUGCUCCACUCCUCCUGCUCCACACUCAACCAACUCCUCCAUCCGGAACCUGGAGCCUGAACUUUCUUCUUUUCUUCAUUCAGAUAUUCUGAACCCAAAGUGGCUAUACAGUUAAUCCAAAUGACAGCUUCUGGAAAGUUUCCGCUUUCUUCUACAUUUUGGGACUAUGAACAUGACUAUAAUAUAGAACUAUAAUCCAGAAAGAAGAAGCAAAUCAAUUUAGAGCCCAAAGUACUAAAGAUAGAAACAACAGAGACAUAAAAUAAAAAAUACAAUGUAACAAUAAGUUGAAAAAAAAAAGAAUAAAUAAAGUUAAUAUAAAAAAUAAACACCAAGCAUGUAAAACAUUACUUUAAACGAAAGCCAGGUUAAAAAUACAAUACUUUUACUUCAGUAAAGGAUCUGAAUAAUGCUGAGAUUAGAGAGAUUGGGAGGACACUUUAAUUCCCAUAUAUCCGACAGCAUGGACCGCGGAACGCAUCUGAACAAAGGGGGGGCAUAAUUUAAAGUCAUGCGGAGGAGGUGGGGGGGCAUAUGCAUUGAAACAGACAAUAUUACUGAUGUAUUAAAUAACAUUGUGGAGCACUUUUUUUAUUCUGACACCACACAGUCACAUCUACAGUACAUGCAUGAUGAACACGCACACAUGCUUACUCAGAUUAACCCCUCUGAUCCCACUCUAACAUUCACACACAACAGGCCUGUUUAUUUGUAAAAAAAUCGGAUAUUGACUUGUGCCCGCCGUUAGCUUGCGACGAUGCUCACACAUGAAGUAGUUGAUAAACAAUGCACACUAAUUGCAAAUCAAAAUGCAGCAGUCAGUGGGAGUUUUUUAUCGGCAGCAGUUGGUGGGAGUGAGUGAAGGUGUGUGGUGAGUAUUGUUUGGCUCGUAAAAACACAGAUACAACUUAGGCUUUUAUUCAUACAAAAUAGUUUGUCAGAGUACAAAAGUUACCCGGGCCGUGGCCCCCCUGACCCCCCCGGUUCCGCUGUCUAUGUCCGACAGCAUUGAAAGCAGCAUUUGGAGUGAACUGGAGAACUCUCACAGUCAGUCAGUUAAUUCAAUUCAAUUCAUACCAGAAGUUAUCUCAGGACACUUUUCAAAUAGAGAAGGUCUAGACCGAACUCCUUAUAACAUUUACAGAGACCCAACAGUACCACCAUGAGCAAGCACUUGGCGACGGGGGCAAGGAAAAACUGCCUUUUAAGAGGCAGAAACCCAGGACAGACCCUUCAGCUCUAGGUGGGUCGUCGUCUGUCUCAACCAUUUGGGAUGAGAGAGAGAGAGAGAGAGAGAGAGAGAGAGAGAGAGAGAGAGAGAGAGAGAGACAGACAGACAGACAGACAGACAGGUGCACAGCAACAACGGUAGAAACAACUACACUAAUAGUAGUGACUGAUGAUGAUGAACAGCAACGAUGGGGGACAAUGAGAAGUGACAACAGCAACAACAGUAACCGUAGCCAUAAUAAUACUUAUAAUAAUAAUAAUAACACUAAUAUCAGUGAUAUUAGCAAUGGCAGUCAAGCAGGACCAUGGCAGGAGGCCCGACCAGGAUCCAUGAGAACCUGUGAGACGAGAAAGCACAAGAACUCAAGAAGUGAAGUUAGUAACAUGCAUUAAUGGGACAUGAAUGAGUGCAGAAAGAGAGAGGAAGAGAGGAGCUCAGUGCACCAUGGGAAAUCCCCCGAUAGUCUAGGCCUAUAGCAGCAUAACUAAGGGAUGGUUCAGGACUCACCUGAUCCAGCCCUAACUAUAAGCUUUAUCAAAGAGGACCGUCUUAAGCCUACUCUUAAAUGUGGAGAUGGUGUCUGCCUCCAGAACCACAACUGGAAGCUGGUUCCACAGGAGAGGAGCUUGGUAACUGAAGGCUCUGGCUCCUGUUCUACUUUUAGAGACUAUAGGAACCACAAGUAGCCCAGCAUUCAGAGAACGAAGUGGUUUUAGUGGGGUAAUAGGGUACUAUGAGCUCUUUAAGAUAUGAAGGGGCCUGACCAUGAAGAGCUUUGUAGGUGAGGAGGAGGAUUUUGAAUUCUAUUCUGUUUUUUACAGGGAGCGAAUGCAGAGAAGCUAGUACAGGAGAGAUGUGAUCUCUUUUCCUAGUUCCUGUCAGUACUCGUGCUGCAGCGUUUUGAAUUAAUUGGUGCGUUUUAAUGGACUUAUUGGGGCAAUCUGAUAAAAAAGAAUUGCAGUAAUCCAGCCGUGAAGUAACAAAUGCAUGGAUUAGUUUUCUGCAUUAGUCUGUGAUAGAAUGUAUCUACUUUUUCUAAUAUUACGUAAAUGAAAGAAGGCAGUCCUAGAGGUCUGCUUUAUGUGGGAAUUAAAUGACAAAUCCUGAUCAAAGAUAACUCCAAGAUUCCUGACAGUGGUGCUAGAGGCCAAGGUAAUGCCAUCUAGAGUAGCUAUAUCUUUAGACAGUGAGUCUCAGAGUUUUCUUGGGCAAGUACCAGAAUUUCGUUUUUUUCUGAGUUUAACAUCAGAAAAUUGCAGCUCAUCCAGGUUUUUAUGUCCUUAAUACAUGUUUGUAUUUUAGAUAAUGAUUAAUUUCAUUGGGCUUGAUCGAUAGAAAUAGCUGGGUAUCAUCUGCAUAACAAUGAAAGUUAAUGGAGUGAUUCCUAAUAAUGUUGCCUAAGGGAGCAUAUAUAAAGUGAAUAGAAUUGGUCCAAGUACAGAACCUUGUGGAACUCCAUGACUAACUGUAGUAUUUAUGGAAGUUUCAUUGUUAACGUGUACAAACUAAGAUCUAAUAAUACAAGUACAGAGACAAGUCCAUUGUCGGAAGCAGUCAAAAGGUCAUUAUUAACUUUAACCAGGGCUGUCUCUGUGCUGUGAUGAACUCUAAGUCCUGACUGAAAAUCCUCAAAUAACUUUAGGGUACUGGGUUGCAGUGACAAAUCAGAAUCAGAAUCAGAAAUACUUUAAUAAUCCCAGGGGGAAAUUAUUUUCGUUACAACACUCCAGAUAUACAAACAACAUAUUAUACAAACAACAUAUAUAUAUACAACAUUCAGCACAAAAAAUAUAAAUAUAUAUAUAUAUAACUAUAUAUAUAUAUACAAGAUCAAAUGUACAGUAUUAAUGUGCAAAAGUGCAAAAGAAUAAUUGUCUACGUUUUGAGUCAGAAUUACAGAGGGGGGGUGUCUGACUCUCUAAGGGAGGCGUUAUAGAGAUUGAUGACCACAGACAGGAAUGAUUUCCUGUGGCGCUCUGUGGUGCAUCUGGGUGAGAGGAGUCUUCUGCUGAAGGUGCUCCUCUGCUGGGCCAGUGUGUCGUAGAGAGGGUGAGAGACAUUGUCCAAGAUGGACUGAAGCCUGGACAGCAUCCUCCUCUCUGCCACGGUCGUCAGGGUGAAAGAAAUGACCCUGACGUGAUAUGAACACGCAAUCUGAAACAUGUUACAUCCCCUCGCUGUAACCUGGUUCUUCAUUUCUGUAAUGCAUAUAGAGGUUGUCCAGCUGCCUGUUGGAUAGAGAGAAUAAAUGGUUUUUCAGAA